AUGUAUACUUCUCCUUCUGCUACGGAACGAGAGGACGACGAUCCUACUAUCAAAUCCCAACCUACAAAGCUGGAAGAGUAUUUUUUUCCAGCGCAUAGGCUUAAGUCUCGACUUGACGAUGAAACGAAAGAACCCCUUGCUAUUAUUGCAUGUGGAUCUUUUUCUCCCAUAACAUAUCUUCAUUUACGGAUAUUCGAAAUGGCAAAAGAUUACAUAUCAGAACAUACCCAAUUUGAAAUUAUCGGUGGCUAUUAUUCCCCCGUAUCGGAUCGUUAUACAAAGGAUGGGCUAGCACCUUCUUAUCAUAGAGUUCGUAUGUGCGAACUUGCUGUCGAAAGAACCUCUCAAUGGUUAAUGGUUGAUGCAUGGGAAACUUUGCAAAAUGAAUAUACGCAGACAGCUAUAGUUAUGGAUCACUUUAACGAGGAAAUUAAUAAUAAACGUGGUGGCAUUAUGACAACAGAUGUCCCGGAAGGUCAGAAUCAUGCUUUUAGCCGGUGGCGAUCUAAUCGAAUCGUUCAAGGUUCCAAAGCUUUGGUUGGAUGA